AUGAAGGAUGAACCUCCACGCAAUAAAAGGUCUUUCAGCGAUGGUCACUUUUUCAAGAAACUGAAAUUGAUGUCAAAGAAAAAGCAACCAGUGGUGGAAAGAAGUAAAACUACUCGUACAAGAAAAGCAUCUGCCAAUUCCGCAACGAAGUCGUCGCUAUCGCUAAAGAGGAACAAUCAUGGCAGGAACGCCAUUGCCAAGAGAAGAGUAUUGACCGAUAUAGGAUCUAGUGAUGAUGACGUUAUUGGUAACUCAGUUACGAACUCGUCUGUCCAGGAUUCUCAUAAUUGCCAUUCUGAUGAUUCUAUCCCGCCGCUGCCUUUAGAACUACCAGAUAUCGUUUCUAUAAGAAGCAGUAAAAGUCAUCUCAGUAAUAAAAGUAACAGAAACAAGCAUGGUAUAGAUUUGACGUUCAUGCCUCGAAGAUCUCUACAAAAUUCCAAAGCUGGUUUGAAAAAACUGAAUACCUCCUCGCAAGGUUAUUUUAAUAUCCCGGUAACCAUAGACCGAGCAAGUGAAAAGGUCAAACAUACUGAUACGAAAAACACGGUGAACUCCUCCUCUUCCGAAAUUGAAAGGCCAGCUUUAAGUAUUUUACAAAAGGACGACACCCAGACUUCUUCGCAUCCAACUGUUGACUCAACUCCUGCUAAUAAUAAUGGUACCGAUAAUAAUAAUAAUAAUAAUAAUAAUAAUAAUAAUAACGAUGUCGAAAAUUCCUCAAACAGUUUAUUCGAUACUAUUUUAUCGAUGGCUCAUAGCGCCAUCUCACAUGUUCCGAAAAUUUCAGCUUUAAGCAAUGAAAUACAACCUGAAGUCUCACAUUCCGGUGAAAAAAACUCAAGUUCAAAUCACCAUCCUCAUUUCCAUCAUCAGCAUGGGAAGCAGCAACAUCCUUUAGCACAUCAACAAGUGCACUUCCCAACUUCAGAAAAUCAAAAUCAAAAUGAUACAGUGCUCAUUCACUCUCCUUCGACCAAGACAGCUCAUCGUAGUUCAUCAUUUUUACGUCAUUUAGAUUCUUUAUUAUCUCCAGUUUCAGGCCCUGCCUCUGAUCCACAUAUGCAGGCCAAUGAUGAUGAAGAGGAAGAUGAUGAUGACGAAUUCUCGCCACAUUCCAAGACGUUUCUUUCGCCAUCAACUCAACUCGUACCUACAAAUACAUCGACUACACCGCUUUCCAAUUCCUUGACACCUAACGGUAGAAACCUGAAUGCAAAUUCGAACUCCGAAGCUGAAAAUGACAACGAUAGAGACGAUAAAUCGAAUGUAGGUAAAGUGAAAUUUCAACCAUUGACAGUACACGAACCUGCAAUUUCCACCUUUGGUAAAGGAAAUUUAACUUUAGAGGCCGUGGCGGGUUCUUCGGAUAUCGAUAAUACAACUCUUGAAUUAGACGAAAAUAAUACCAAUAAUAACAAUAGCAAUAAUCCAAAUGCAAGUUCCACAAAUCUGAGCCAUAUCAGCAAAACUAACGUGAGCAAUAAUACUGCUUCCAGAGAACUAAGUAAAAGUUAUCGUAAUAGCAGUUAUAUUGAUAUGGCAAGGUUUGCCACUAUGCAAUCGAAAUUAUGUAACCACAGAGCAAGAAGUAAGACCUUACCUGCUAAUAAAGCACUGGAAAAUGCCACGAGCGAUGAAAAUAAUAGCAAACGAAAUUCAAGGUAUUCUUCUUAUUCCAAUGACAUGACUUUUGAAGAUUCUGACGAGAGGAAAUCGAGAAACAUGUCCAAAAGAUUCCUAAACAGAAGAUCAUUUUCACCAUCGAACUUAGGCAAUAAAGUGAUCCCUGGGAUCAAUUUGAGAAAUUCAUUUAACAAAACGAGAAAUAGUAGCUCCGAUUUUUUCAAUACGAAUCAGGGACAACAAAGGCCAAGAACAAGUACCACUGGUUCAGGAAACAUUAAUACAGUAGUGGAUCUAGAUUCUGGUAAUAACGAUUUUAAAUUACAGGGUAUCGAAUAUGCAUCGGAAAAGAAAAAUAGUGAAUUUCACACUCUUUUCAAAGAUUCCGAUAUCAGUCCUAACGAAAGGUUGAUUGUUGAUCAUAGUUGUGCUCUGUCUCGUGAUAUUCUACUACAAGGUAGAAUGUAUAUAUCUGAUGCACAUAUUGGAUUUUCUUCGAAUAUUUUGGGUUGGGUUAGUACAGUUUUCAUACCAUUCAAGGAGAUCGUCCAAAUUGAAAAAAAAACCACAGCUGGUAUUUUUCCCAACGGUAUUGUAAUUGAUACUCUGCAUACAAAGUACAUAUUCGCCUCUUUCAUGUCAAGAGAUGCUACUUUUGACUUAAUAACAGACGUUUGGAAUCAAAUCAUUUUAGGUAGAAAAUAUAGAAAUGGUUUCGGAAAUAACGAUUAUGGUACGCUAAGUGAUUCAAGUAGUGCAUUCUUUGAUGAAUAUGAUGACAAUGAUGAUGAUGGAGAUCUAGACGAUAAUGAUCCAGACAUCAAUAGUACGGAUAUGACAUCAAGCGAUGACAUGGAUCCUGAUAUUUUUAGUGAAUCAAAUGACCUUCGUAAGAACAAAAAACCAGCAAACAAUCUAUUACUAGGUCCCAAUAAACAUGCCCCAACAACGGCCGAUUAUAAACCUUCCAGUAAUGAACAAUUAGUUGUUGAGGCAAAUAUAAAUGCGCCUUUAGGGAAAGUCAUCAAUGUCUUGUAUGGCGAAGAUGUAUCUUACUUUGAAAGAAUUUUAAAAGCUCAAAAGAAUUUUGAAAUCUCACCAAUUCCUAACAACUUUCUUACUAAAAAAGUUCGUGAUUAUGCAUACACGAAACCUCUAUCGAAUAGUAUUGGUCCAAGUAAAACAAAGUGUUUAAUCACAGAUAAUUUGGAGCACUAUGAUUUGGAAGACUAUGUUAAAAUACUAAGCGUUACCAAGAAUCCGGACGUUCCUUCGGGAAAUAUCUUCUCAGUAAAGACGGUCUUUCUUUUCUCUUGGGACAAAAACAAUACUACCAAAUUAACGGUUUAUAACUCUAUCGAUUGGACUGGUAAAAGUUGGAUUAAAAGCAUGAUUGAAAAGGGGACCUUCGAUGGUGUCAUGGAUACGACAAAAACAAUGAUAUCCGAAGCUAAUAAAAUCUUAAGCGAUGAAGACUCAAACUUGAAUUCAAAAAAUCAAUCCAGCAAUACCCCUGAACCAGAGGAAGAAACUAUCAAUCUGCCCACUGUUGGACCUCCCGUUCAUGACCCGACAGAACCAGAUUUCCAAAAAGGAAAAGAUGAUACAGUUAUUGAAGAAAACAUCAAUAUUCCAGUUCCCUUGGGAACAGUUUAUUCACUAUUGUAUGGUGAUGAUACUUCUUAUAUUAAAAAGAUUAUCGAAAAUCAAAAUAAUUUUAAUAUUUGUGAAAUUCCAAAAUUUGUGAAUAAAACAAGAGAGAUUACUUACAUCAAGAAAUUGAACAAUUCAUUCGGCCCGAAGCAAACUAAAUGUAUAGUUACAGAGACCAUCGAACAUAUGGAUUUGAACAGUUUUUUUAUGAUAAAGCAAGUCGUUAGAUCGCCUGAUGUUCCAUAUGGUAGUUCAUUCUCCGUCCAUACAAGAUUAUUCUUUUCGUGGGGUGAGCGUAAUACAACAAACAUGACAGUCGUGACUAAUGUUGUUUGGACAGGUAAAUCCAUGUUGAAGGGAACCAUUGAAAAGGGGUCGAUUGAUGGACAAAAAAGCUCCACUAAGCAACUUGUCGAAGAUCUUAAGAAAAUAAUUUCCAAUGCCGGUUCAACAAAGAGAAAAUCCAAAAAAAGAAGUAAGACAACGAGUAAGAGAAAAUCAUCGUCAUCAUCCACUACCAAAGUUGAUAAAAGUGAAGAUAAUGUCGAAACCACAAAUAGUAGCCCUUCUUUUUCUUCUAUAUCUUCCGUGCUGCAACAAAUAGAUAUAACAUCAAUUCAGGGAAUUAUGACAGUUGUCUCUUUGAUUAUAUGUUUUAUCUUCUUAUUUAGAUUAUUAUUUCAUUCGAGGAAUAGUUCCAAUAUCCAAAUUAUUACUCCAGGAACAAUUCUAAUCAAUGGAAAUGAGUACAAUUACGUUCCAAAUUUCAAAACCCUUUACCACGUAUACGAAGAUAAUAUUAUGAAAAAUGCUCACCGUAAGGGCCCGAAUAGUAAUAAUAUAGUCACUGAUACAGAAAGUUUAAUUUGGGACUGGUUGAUUGAUCGUGGGAAUGGGACCAUUCAAAAUGGUGUCUUGUCUGAUCACAUGAAGGAAAAAAUAAACAAUAAGAAGAGCGAUCCUGAAAAUGGAAUUAGUGACCAUAAAAUACAACAGUUGGUUGAAUCCAUUAAGGUCACCGAAAUGCAACUGCAAGAAAUGAAAGAAUUGCUAGCCAAAACUGAUAAUAUGUCAGUAGUAGCCCAGUUAUUAUAA